AUGAAUUAUCUAAACAUCAUUGAGUAAUCUCAAAUAGAUAAAUUGAAAGCUUAACUUGAGAAAAAAGAAUGUAAUAAUAUAUGUAUAUAUAAAUAGAAACAAUAUCAACAUUGUAAACAAUAAUUGAAUCCCAAAAAGAACAAAUUAAUUAGUAUUAACAUGAAAAAUAAUAAUUAGUUAAAAAUAUUCAAUAACAAGUUUAACAAAAGUUUUAAGAUGAUUUAAAUUUUGAAAAUAUCAUCAGAAAAUUAAAAUAGGAUUUAGAAUAGAAAUCAAUAGAAUUCGAAUAAAUGUCUAUGAGAUUGAAUUAAAAUGACCCAGGUUUUUUAUUGAUGAAAUUAAAAAAUGAAGCAGAAGAACCAUAUAGGAUUGAAAUAUUAUAAAAAGAGCAAUAAAUUGAUGAAUUAAAAAGACUUAUUGUAUAAUUAAAAAAUCAGUUGUAAUUGCAAGUUGAAAGGAAUAAGGCAAUUCAAAUUGGAAAUUAAAAUGAAUUGACAUAGUUAAAGGAAAAAUAUGAAUCAAAUUUAGGAGUUGAUAAACUGUAAUUAAGAUAAGUAAAGGAACUUAAUUAAUUAAAUGAGAGAGAUCAAUAAUAAAUAAAAGAAUUAUUGAAGGAUAAAGAAUAGUUGUAAAUUUAAUUAACACAAAAAGAGAAUAUAAUAAAAGAAUUAAGAUUUUAGAAUGAAUAACUUCAUAAAAGUAAAUUGUAAAUAAUUGAAACUUUAACUCAAGAAUUGGAAAUAGAGAGAAUCAAUAGAAGAAAAUUAUAAUAAGAGAAUGAUGAUUUAGAAUCAGCUUUAAGUAACAUUAGAUUGACAAUGAAGGUUAAUUAUAAUACAAAUGUGAAAAGUGAUGGUACAACUAUUAAAGAUUAAGAGUUUAUUGAUCUAUAAAAUAGAUUAAAUGAAUAUAUUAGAUUAUUUGAAGAUGAAAAAGAUUAGAAAAAGAAAUUAUCUCAAAAAUUAAAUGAUAUUAUAAUAUAGACAAAAUAAGAAAAGUAGGAUAGCGAUAAAAUAUAUGAAAAUAGAAUAAAGGAUUUAUAAGAAUAGAUAAAAGAAGAAAAAGGUAUGAAAUCUAAAUAAUCGAUGAAAAUUAAGGAUUUAUAUGCUGAUAUAGAAGAAAUGAAACAUGAAUUAAAUCUUUUAAGAGACAAUUAAGCAAGAAUAGAAGAAAGAGCAAAAGAAGUUGAAGUUAGAGAAAGAAAAGUAAUUGAAAGAGAUAUGAAAUUGAAUGAAUUAUAAAAAGAAUUUGAUUUAAAAAAGCCUCCUGAAGAAUUGAUGUAUGAUAAUAAGAAGAUUAAGACAAAAUAUAAAUAAGCAAAGAAAAAGCUUAUUGAAGCAAAUUAAAAAAUAGUAGUUCUAUUAACAAAACUUAAAGAUAAUGAGUAAAAUGUUGAAAAUUCAACUUCUAAUAAUAAGAAUAUUUUUGAAGGAAAGAGUACAUAUAAUAAAUAAGGUUAUACAAAUACUGAUUAAUAAAGAAAAUAAAUGGAAAGAUAGGUUUUCAAAGAUUAAUCUUAUGAGGGAUAUUAUGAUUUACCUUAAGAUGCAGAUUAUUUAGGUAAUCCUUACCAAACUGAAUUUCAAAUGGAUAGAAUUUCUUAAAGAUUAAGAGAAGACAUUAUUAAAUAAAAAAAUAGUUUAGAAACUCUUGAACAUAAAUAUAAUAUAUUAAAAUGA